GGGAGAGUCAGUGUCUACAGAGAUGAUGCUGAUGGCGAAAAAAGCCGCCAAUUGAUUAAAUUGAUUCGUACUCAGCGAAAAGUGAGCAGUCUUGUCGUGAGUGCAGAGCUUGGUGGACCUCCAAUUAAUUGCCGUGAGGAGGAGAGUAAAUAAGUGAAUGUCACCAGUGAGUUUGUCCAAGAUAUCGUUUGCAGUGGUCUGACUUGAGAGGUGUUUCGCCCUCGUGGAAUAUUUAUCACUUUGUGGUGCUCCCAAAGCAAAAUGCAGACUCUCGGAAAAGUGAUAGUGCCUCUCGUGCUCUUUGUCUUCAUCCGGGAAAACAUUGCCGCCCCCACGCCAGGAGUGGAAUCGGACUCUCCACUGCAGGUAAUCACCAUCCUGUCUCCUGAGUCAGCCAGAGAUGUCACGCACAGGACUGACCGCAAAUUCCGGGAAGAGGAUCUUCCGCCGGAGAAGGACUCUUCGGAGAUCGUUGUGAUUCAACCUCUGGCGUCUGGAUAUCAUCCCCAAGAUCGUCACCUCCGGAUGCUGGGUGUCUCGCCGCGCGUUCCCGUGCACUUCGCUCCCGGUGCUUAUCCCAUUUUCUACACCCUCGCGCGGGCCAAUGGCGCCUUCACCGGCAGGAACAUCCGCGCCCUGCCAAAGGACGAGAUCGACAACUACCUCCACUCGUAGUGGACCCACCCACCAUUUAUUUAUUUCACCGACUUCCUGGCCAGAGAGUUGUGGCAACGUGGAGAGCAACUCAAAGUGAAACCAAUGAAGCAAUAAACGAGAAUUUCGAUUAGAUAA